AUGGCAAUUGUGACUAUUCCCGACAGCAGUGCUCACUGUGAGAGUGUGUUCAGCACGGCGCGGAAAAACAGAAUAGACCAGAGAAGUGCACUGUCAGAUUCUACACUAGAAUCACUUCAAGUUCUGAAGGCAAGACCUGUUGAUUUAGAGGCCAAACUAAAAAAAGGCUUUAAUAGGGAAACACUCAAAAGACUGAAAUCUGCUUAUUAUGUGUCUAAAUCUAGUCACAACAAAAGUAAAAAGGUUGCAGCACGUUAUGGUAAUACCAGCAAUCUCACGGGACAUAUCGAAACUUCGCAUAAAACCGAAGCAGUACAGCUGAAAAAAGCUCUCGAAGAGAAGGCAUCGCUGAAGCGUAAAUUGAAGGAUGAAGCAGUCCCCAGCGAAUCCCCAGGAACAUCAAGUAAACAAACAAAAAUGGUGCCUUUCCUACAGGACAAAAAGUGGGGCUCUCAGGACAAGAGACAGAGAGAUUGUAAUAAAAAAUUAACUGAAAUGAUAUGCAUUGACCUUCAGCCUGUCAGCAUCGCAUAUAUGGAGCAAUCGUCAGUGAUAAAAUCAAAACUGAAGGAUUGUGUGUCCUUGGGCAUUACUCUAGAUCAUUGGACCUCAGUAGCACAAGAUGCCUACAUGGCAGUGACCGCUCACUUCUUAUCAGAUAACUUCACCAUCAGUGACUACUGCUUAAAUGUUGCACAUAUGCCUGAAUCACACACAGCAGUGAACAUAUCUGAAGCUCUACUUUCCUGCCUCGACGUAUGGAUCCCAGAUUAUAACGAAAGGACAUUGAAGAUCUAUGUUGUGACAGAUAAUGCAUCAAAUGUGCAAGCAGCUAUGAGACAACUUCCAUCUUCUAAGUUCGUUCCUCUCAAUUGCUUUGCUCAUACAUUACAACUUGCUGUGAACGAUGCAGUCAAGAAAUUCUUUGGGCUUGAAAAAGUAAUUGCGAAGGCUAAAGUUAUCACUAAACAUUUUCAUGCAAGCGCAAAGGAUACACACAGCCUUGCUGAGAAGCAGAAAUCAUUGGGUGUGCCUGUGCAUCGUCUGAAGAGUGAAUGCCCAACAAGGUGGAAUUCAUUGUAUUAUUUACUGGAGAGACUAGUCGAGCAAAGAGAAUCAGUAACCGCUGUAUUAGCUACGAACGAUAAGAUAAAUGAUCUUAAAAAAUCUGAGUGGAAGAUCGCUGCAAGUUAUGUAAGUGCCCUGAAACCAUUUGAGGAUGCAACAAACAUGAUGUCUGCGUCUAGAUAUGCUACAAGCUCAAUGAUAAUCCCAGUCCUGCACGUUUUGAAUGAGCAGAUGAAAGACGUUGAAAUGAAUGACUUUGGAAAGCAGAUACAUGCCAACAUCAAUGCCAGAUGGCCUGAAUAUGAGAUGAAGCUUGAGUUUGCAAUACCCACAUACCUCGAUCCCAGGUUCAAGAAUUAUGGGUUCAAUGAUGACACAGCCAGAGACCGGACAGCAAAAGAAAUAGUGCAGCUGAUGUUAGACAAUGCUAAGAAUCCUCAAGUUAUCGAAACUCCGAGUGCAUGUGAAUCUGACAUCAAAAAGCAGUCUGCUAGUGCGACUGAGUCAUCAGAGACUGCUACGACGUCAAAGAAGACUGUGUGGGAAAUAUUCAAGAAAAUGGUAGAUAAGAAGAAGCAGACUGCUUCUGAGCACUCAACUGAUAAUCUACGGGAAAAGAUGGAACAUGAACUUCAGUUGUUUUGUAGUGAGGAACUUUUGGAACCUGAGAAAUCUCCAUUCGACUGGUGGAAAACAAACAAGACUAGGUACUCAAACCUUGCAAAGUUGGCACAGGUUUUUCUUUCGAUACCAGCCACCUCUGUUCCUAGCGAGCGCAUGUUCAGCAAAUCUGGUCUCAUCAUCUCCAAUCGAAGAUCCUGUCUUGAGCCAUUUUUUGCUGAGCAACUUACCUUUCUCGGACAUAACCUGCGACAGUGA